AUGGAACUUGGAGGAAAAGAUUUAUUUUCUGUUUUAAAGAAUAAAUUAUAAAUAGAAUAAAAAAUUAAAAUUUGUUAAGAAGUAAUAAUUAACCAUUUAAUAUUAGAUUUCUUAAUCUAUUGCGUUUCUUCAUAAAUAAUAAUUGAUUCAUAGAGAUAUUAAACCUGAAAAUUUUAUUUAAGUAGGUACAACAUUUAAAUUAAUUGAUUUUGGUUUAAUUAAAAAAAAAGAAGAAAAUGUAAGACUUACAAAAAUGAUAGGAUCACCUCUUUAUUAAGCUCCUGAGAUCAUCAAAGGAUCAGACAAUUAUUAGGCUUCUGUUGAUAUUUGGUCUUUGGGAUGUUUAUUCUUUGAAUUAUUUUAAGGAGAACCUUUAUUUGAUGGUAUUCAUCAUUAUUUUAUUUUAAGGUUAAACUCUAUAGGAAGUAUAUUAAUAAAUCCUUAAUUAUUGUAAAAAUUAAUAAUAAAUUCAUCUUAAAAUUAAUUAAUUAUAAAUUAAAUAGGAAUUAAAAACUUUAAUUAAAUAAAUGAUUGAUCCAAUUCCUGAUAAGAGACCUAAUAUAGAUUAUGUUUAAAAAGAAUUAUUGCCAAAAUUCUUACCUUAUCCUAAUAAAAAUAUUUUGAAACAGAGUAUUUGA